GCCAUUGUGAGUGAAGAACACCACGUCCAGGCAAACCUCACAUCGACUGUAGGCAGCAGCCUUGUACUCCCACCACCAUCAACCAACACCGAACCUUGGACAUAAAAAGCUAGACCUUCCAACGUUGUAUCUACAACUACAGUCGCCAAAUACUUCCAACUACCAAACUUUCAGUUCACCCUAUUAUACUGCAAAAUUCCCGCCCUGUCAAAAAAAUCAGAAAGAGAAGACUCAUCAAAAAAUCACUCACAAACAUCGGCAAUGGACUUCAAACCCACACCCCUCUACGGCGGCGCAAUAACCGUCGACCUACCCUCCGACUACUCCGACGCCUCCCUAAUCCGCCAAAUUCCCUCACACCAAGAAGUCUACCUCCACAACGGAGGCUACACCAGCAUCGUCCUCGAAAUCCUCGAGUACGUCGACAAGCCAUCCGACGAAGAAGCCCUGCAGUACCAUUUUUCCGAUUUGGUAGAUGGCACGGGUGAUGCUACGACGAUGGUUGCGCAGGCCAAUGGCGAGAUGAAGAAUUUACCACAAACCCCAAUCCUAACUCUAACCUUCAUCCAAACGCCCCCUCCCCCCGCCGCAGGGGCACCAGCCCGCAAAACACCAGAAUACACAUUUAUCCAGCUUAUCCUUGUGCGGCUCAAGGAGCAAGGAACAGACAUCAUGAUAACAAUAAACUCCCCCCACUACCCAGGCGAAUACACGCCUGCGAAUUCACCAAGCAGCGAAACACAGCUUAUGACGGAAGCCAAGGGGAUCAAAGAAAAGGUGCUAGAGAGUUUUGCGAUUAGGGAGUGGGGCUUGUUUGAAGGGUGAGGUUAGUGGUCAUGUGGGAGGGGAAGGAUGGAUGGAUGGGUUUAGUUGGUUCAUUGACGGUUGUAUAGGGGAGAAAUGAAAGGAAAGAAAAAAAGGUAAGAGAAAAGGAAGGAAGGAAGAGGAUCAUGGGGUAUGGGGAUAGAUGGCUUGAAUUCAAUCGAAUAAAUAAAUCAAUAAAGUAAACUUUUUACUAGACACUUGG